GAUCCAGUUGGAGAAAGGAACAGUUAUUCUUUCAAAUUCAUCUGCUUCAACUAUUAUUCUCAUUGGGAAUGGACAAUGGAAUGUUCUCUAGGUUUAUCAUGAUCAAAAACCUCCUUCUUCUUUGUAUUUCCAUGAACUUCGUCAGUCACUUCGGCUCUUCACAGGUGCCAACAAGUUCUGUCAAAGCUGAGACAAAUGACAACAUCACCAUAUUUACCAGGAUCCUAGAUGGGCUCUUGGAUGGCUACGACAACCGGCUUAGACCUGGUCUUGGAGAGCGAAUCACUAAGGUGAGGACUGACAUUUAUGUCACCAGCUUUGGCCCCGUGUCUGACACAGAAAUGGAAUAUACCAUAGAUGUGUUUUUCCGACAAAGCUGGAAAGAUGAAAGACUGCAGUUCAAAGGGCCAAUGCAACGCCUUCCUCUCAAUAACCUGCUUGCCAGCAAAAUUUGGACCCCAGACACGUUCUUCCACAAUGGGAAGAAGUCUAUUGCACACAACAUGACAACACCCAACAAGCUCUUGCGGCUGGAGGACGAUGGCACCCUACUCUACACCAUGCGCUUGACCAUCUCUGCUGAGUGCCCAAUGCAACUUGAAGACUUCCCAAUGGAUGCCCAUGCUUGCCCUCUGAAGUUUGGCAGUUAUGCAUAUCCUAAUUCUGAAGUCAUUUACGUCUGGACCAAUGAUACCACAAAGUCUGUCGUGGUGGCUGAAGAUGGCUCCAGACUGAACCAGUACCACCUGAUGGGGCAGACGGUGGGCACCGAGAACAUCAGUACCAGCACAGGUGACUACACAAUCAUGACAGCACAUUUUCACUUGAAGAGGAAGAUUGGGUACUUUGUCAUCCAGACCUACCUUCCCUGCAUAAUGACCGUGAUCUUAUCUCAGGUGUCCUUCUGGCUGAACCGGGAGUCAGUUCCUGCUAGGACAGUGUUUGGGGUGACCACAGUGCUGACAAUGACAACCCUCAGCAUCAGUGCUCGGAACUCUCUGCCUAAAGUGGCUUAUGCUACGGCCAUGGACUGGUUCAUAGCUGUGUGCUAUGCCUUUGUGUUCUCCGCCUUGAUUGAAUUCGCCACCGUCAACUAUUUUACAAAGAGAGGAUGGGCCUGGGAUGGCAAAAAAGCCUUGCAAGCAGCCAAGAUCAAGAAAAAGGAACGUGAACUCAUACUAAAUAAAUCAACUAAUUCUCAUACUGCUGGGAAGAUGAUCCACCCCCCAAAUGUUCCGAAGGAAGAGACCCUGGCCGGGACCUCGAAUGCAUCUUGUGUUUCAGUAAAACCUCUUGCAGAGAAGACAUCUGAAAGCAAAAAGACUUACAACAGCAUCAGCAAGAUUGACAAAAUGUCCCGAAUUAUAUUCCCAGUGCUUUUUGGCACUUUCAACUUAGUUUAUUGGGCGACAUAUUUGAAUAGGGAGCCAGUGAUUAAAGGAGCUGCCUCUCCAAAAUAAAUUUCUGGAACCCCAGCCAACAAGACAGCC